CAUAGCACAGGAAACCCAGUAAGAAGCCCUGGGUCUAGGCUGAUUGACACCUUUCCGCGCGCUUUCUGCACGGACUUUCUAAUAAAUUUCUGAUUCCAUCUUCCAAUGACUGGUCGCCUGAUGACCACUCAUGCUCGUGAAAAUCCGCGCAUAAUUCAACGCUCCAGCCGUCCAGCUGUUCGACCGAGAAAAGGAGUAAACACUUUUGAAGGAGCAGAAGCGUCUUCGACCAAUUUGACCAGCGCAAUGAGACUGCUUCUGUUCUUUACUGUGUUAGAGAUAAGCUUGAGUUUUAUACAGUCGGUGGAUGGGAAUGAAUCUGAUUGCCCUUGCGCGUCUCAUCAGUGCGGUAACUGCUACUGUUGCUUGAGCGACACAGAGGAAAAGGCAAUGGAUGGGGCUGCAUCACAAAUUAAGAGGGCGAUUUGCCCGUGUGUUUCGCAACAGUGCGGGAGUUGCUUUUGCUGUUUAAAUCACAAUGAUCGCUUCAGAUGCGAAACUGGACAAGAGAUAACAACGAGAACACUAAGUAGAUAAGAUGCGUUAAGUUUCAGUUUAAUUCCUUCUUGGUACGGCUAAUGUGUUUGCUAUCUAAAAGAGCAUAGAUAUAAAAAGUCUCUGGGUGUGCAACCAGAAGAAGAAUGUUGGACAAACAAAGCUAGUUUGAACGGACAGUGGAUAACGCAUUAGCGAAAGGACAGUGUAGUCUCGUCUUUAACAUCAUUCAUGUCAUUUUCCUAUGGUUUAUUUUGUUAUUGUUUUAAAAGCUCGCAGUUGUAAACUUGAAAAAUACAUUUUGUAUCUUUUUCCUUUUUAUUUGUUGUGAAAAAUGUUGUGAAAAUCAGGGCGAAGAAGACGCACGAGGAGAAGGAAGCGAGCGGGAAGGCAGGAAGGGGAGUUUUUCGCACAGGUAUCCCAAGCUCACAGUUUGUGAUCUGACUCUUAGUUUGUAGUAAACACAUGGAGUUAAAAUGAGCUGUUCAUUCUACUAUAAAAUAAAAUAAAAUAUAAAAAAACCUAAAUAAUAUUUGCAUUGUUGUGUCUUCAAUGUAGUCUCGAUGAAAUUCUAAGCUAUUUUAGCGAGUAGUGUGCGAGCUACGCUGUGGAGUUUCCAAUAUGUAUGUAUUUCAUAGUAUACUACUUUAAACUAAGAGUCAGAUCUAAUCAGAUUACAUACUGUGAGCUUGGGAUACCUGUGGUUUUCCAUGUGAUUUCAAACGCUCUCCGCCUUGAACGGCUGCGCGGUAGAAUGUUCACUCGAAGGUUGUAGCCAAUGAAUGUCUGCCAUAACGAACGUUUUUUCGUGUUAUUUUAUAAAAAAAAAUUUUGUUGGAGUGAUAAACUCGUGAAUCAAAGUGUGAUAGUCAAAUUGUAACAGUCAGGAAAACACAAAAGGGAACAAUGGAAUAAAAGAGCGUAAUAAAGUGUAAUUCACGGGUUA